GCGCAUUUUGUUGUUUAACAGCACUGUUUGUCGCAAGGUUGCCAGAUCGGCGCACGCUUCAAAUCGAAAUAGAGAUCUGGCUUAAAAGAAAUUACCGAAAAGAACGCAACAGACUUAACUGUGACCCGACAAAAGUGGCACAUGCGAAAAACGAAACAAACGCGAAGCAACAAACGAUUAAAUACAGAGUUAAGGCGAGAGCUCGCCAUUUUUGUUAUUAACCAUCUGCGUGCACAGAAUUUGUGAAAAGAGAAAGUUUGAAUUGGCUCUCGACUUGACUCGCCUUGUUGACUGCUUUCUGGGCGACAUCAGGGAGAACUCGCUCUCUGGCUGACUAAAUAACGAAAACAAGUGAAUCAAGCAACAUCUGAGAUUUCAAGCUGGUAAGAAUUUCACAGAAAAUGGGACUAAAGAAGACCAUUCUCUACAACAACAACAACAAUGAAGGCAAUAACAAUGCCAAUGGAAAGAUUCGCAACUCGCCUGGGACCAUCUCUGGCAAGAUCCGUGGCUCGCCUGCUGCCUCUGGCUAUGAAAUGAUCGUUGACUCUGGCCCUGGCUCAGUGCCACCGCCAGAAAAGCCGAAGGGAGACACCAAGCAGCAACAUGUCGAGCAGAAUAUGCUGCCCAAGAAGAAGUCCGUCGUCGUUGCUUAUCUACUCUGGCUGGUCGGCGGCAUCUUUGGACUGCAUCACUUGUACUUGCGUCGCGAUCGUCAGGCGUUCCUCUGGUGGUGCUCCCUUGGCGGUUACCUGGGCGUCGGCUGGCUGAGUGAGAUAUUUCUGAUACCCGAAUACGUGCGCGACGCCAAUGAGGAUCCGCAGUUUAUGAAGCUGUUCAUUGCCAAGAUGCAGGCCUAUCCGCGCCCGCCCUACUCGUCCAAGCGGUUUAUGGGUCAGAUUAUGUUUGGAUACCUGUUUGGCCAGCUGUUCAGCGCGGCCAUACCGCAGUCCAUCACCGGCGGCAUUGACUUGAGUUGGCUGCACUGGUUCAUACCGUUAUUCGUGUCACUGGGCGUCUGGACCGUUGGCAACAUUGGGCGUGAGUGCGGCAUUUGGUGGCCGUGCUUCGCCGGCGCCUUCGUUGGCUAUUUGGCGCGCUUCUACAUCUACGAUGAGACCUAUUCGCUGCUCGUGACGUCGCUCGUCUCUGCACUGGUCUUUGACAGCGUCGCGAAGCAGUGGCGCCGUACUCCGGAGCGCAGGCGCACUAAGGGUGAACGCACUCUCUAUUUGGGAGCUGCCGUUUGCAUUUACAUUGCCGUAUGGAGCUCCGUGGUGCUCUUCAAUGGCUCCAUUCCCGACGACGACGGUGGCGAAGUGCCCAUAUACGAGGCUUUGCAGAAUUUCCUAGCCUCCGCCUGGUGGACCGACUUGAAGCAGGCCCUGUACGACACCUACACCUAUGGACAACAUCAUGGCUGGUACGAGACAUGGCGCGAGGUCUUCGAGAGCAUGGACGUGGAUGGGGAGCGCACUGCCUACAAGGUGUUGGGCGUGAGCGCCACUGCCUCGCAGGCCGACAUAACCGCUGCCUAUCGCAAACUUUCCAAGGAGAACCAUCCCGACAAGGUCAAGGACGAAUCGCUGCGUGAAGCUGCCCAUAAGCGCUUCAUUGAAAUCCAGCAGGCCUACAACGUGCUCAGUAAAAUCAAGUCCAACCGUCGCCGCAAGAACAACAAGUACAACGUGGACGAUGCUAUAAAACUCUAAUUCCAGAUUUGCCCAAUCUCAGCAAGAAGUCUGUUAAAAUUUAAGGGUUUUUUUUUUUGUCUUCUACAUUCCUUCAUUAACAAUAAAGUAUUUAUUUUU